AUGUCAGAACAAUACCCCUACCGCACCGGCACCACCGCUUCCCCCGGUGAUGACACAGAAAUCGCAUGCCUAUACGGCCAGCUGAAUGAGCUUGCGCAGCAGCGCGAUGAGGCAGAGGAUGGGGCUGCUGAGCUCAAGGGCAAGCUUCGCGCUGCCAACGUCAAGAUCGACCGUCUUGAGUGCGAAAACCGCACGGUCAAGGAAAAGGCGUCCCGCAUGAGUCGCGGAUUGGAGGAGGCUGCGCGCAAAGAUCGCGAGGCCCAGGCAGCUACAAGGCGCCUGGAGAAGAAGGUGGAGGAGUUGACGAAGAAUCUUGGUGGCGUUCGCCUGGCCAGUGAUGCCUUCCAGCGUCAGGCUGAGGCUCCCUCUGCUAAGCCACAGCAAGAGCAGGAGCAUGCGCUUGGCUCCCGUGGCUCCACUGUCACCGCUCGGGGUGCUGUCAAGAAGCGUGGCGUCGAAGACUUGGUCAAUCUACCAUCGAGGCCCGCGAAGAAGUAUGCGGCUAAAAAGAACUUGCGUAGAGGCGAGGAUAUGAAGUGA